AUGCAAAACGACAAAGGAGAACUUGUUGAACUUUAUGUUCCACGUAAAUGCUCUACAUCAUCACGUCUUAUCGCUCCAAAUGAUCACGCUUCAAUCCAAAUUGAUUUUGUUGAUGUUGAUCCAACUACAGGACAAUUAAUUGAAGGAAAAGUUCAUAGAUACGCAAUCUGUGGUGAAAUUAGACGUAUGGGAGAAUCUGAUGAUUGCCUUCUUCGUCUUGCUCAACGUGACGGAUUAGUUCCAAAAUAA